AUGCAACGAUACAUUCUUCGUCCACAUGCCGUAGUACCUGUUGAUCUUGAUCUCGGUAAGGUACUGUAUACCACCUUUCCCAACUCUCCUGUAGGUCCGCCGGAAAAGGCAUUCCUCCAAAUACUCAUCCACAAAAGAGACCGAGAUGCCCUGCGAUUCCUCUGGUAUCAAGCUAUGCCCACAGGAGUGGACGAUAAGCUGGAAAUAUGGCGAAUGACGAGAGUCACGUUCGGGACUGGUCCUAGCACAUUCAUGUUGGCGGCGACACUGAAGAAACUGCUGAGAGAGUCCGAAGUGGACUAUCCGGAAACAACAAGACUGUUGAACGAUUGUACGUAUGUCGAUGAUUUUAUAUCUGUUGCUGACUGCGAGGAAGGCGCUAUCAACGUGUACAACGAGGUGAAGAAUAUAAUGCCGAAGGGAAGCAUGAACAUGCGGAAAUGGGCCUCCAACUCAGCACGGCUGAACGCUUUGUACGUGCAGGACCCGGAGGAAGUCUCUCCCUUCGCUGGAGAUUCCCGCGUGAUAAAGGUUCUGGGAAUGAAGUGGGAUACGGAACAGGACUCCCUCUUUUACAAUGCUACCAACCUUCUCCAAGGUGGAAGGCCUGCUGUAUGGACGAAGAGGAAGGUGUUGCAGAGGGCUCAAAGCAUAUACGACCCGCUAGGUUUGAUGUCACCGUAUACGAUCGCUGCAAGGAUCUACAUGCAAAAAAUGUGGCAACAAAGAUUCACUUGGGACCAACCUAUUCCGGCGGACCUACAGGAGAGUUGGGAAAGGUGGUAUGAAGACUUACAGUACCUUACCGAGAUCAAGUUCAACAGGUAUUACGGCAUGUGGCCGAAGAAUGUACCGUUGCAUGUUUUCUGUGACGCAAGUUACAACGCGUAUGGCGCCGUAGCGUACCUGGUUAUUAAAACAUCGGACUCUUCUUCAAACGGAUCGGACGCUUCUUCAAACAGUGCUGGCAAAGGCCAGGGUAGCACCAGUCAAGAAGCAGACGCUUCCAAGGUUGGAACUCCAAGCCGCUGUUGUAGCUGUGAAAAUUUCAAGAAUGUUGAUGGACGCAUUCCCAAGCAUCAAACAGGUUUUCUUCUGGACUGA